CCUGAACUGCAUGAUAUAGCCAGUCUACAGCAGUUGCCACACUCGCACUGUUGUUCAGAAAUUUUAUCACAUUGUUUUAACGAUUGUUUGUUUUAUUUUCUUGCUUUUAUCUACACGAGUUUUAUAUUUUAGUUUAUCACGCUUACAUUUAAAAUGCCAGCCAAGACUUCCUUGUCUCUGCCGGAGGAUGUCAGGAAAAGGCUGCAGGUGUUGGAAAAGGAUGCAGAUGGGAUCUCGGAUGAGGAGUGUGUCAAAGAAAAGGUCAAGCUGCUGCAGGACUUCCUUCAUGCAGAUGCUCAGGACCAACUCAACAACUUAGAAGCCAAGAUGAGAAGUUCUGAGAUCUCUAUGGAUGGCUACCUCUCUAAGGUGAAGGCCUUAUUGGGACGUGAGCUGCAUGUGGAGAACGGCUUGCACGUGGAUGGUGUGGAGCAGAAUGGCAAAACCAAUGGCUCUACAGAAAAUGGCAAGGAAGAAAGACAAGAGGAAACCAUGGAUGUCCAAGAUGAAGCUGAUGUCCUCAAGUCUCCUUCUGCCCCCAAAAGCAAAGGAGUACGGAAGAGCAAGUCAGACUCUGAGCCUAAGAAAUCUCCUGGAUCCAGAGUCACAAGGACCUCUGCCUCUGGGAACCAACCCACCAUCUUAUCAAUGUUCUCCAAAGUUCAAAAGCGCAAGUCUGAUGAGGUGAAUGGGGAGGCUACCAAUGGGGCAGCAGAGGAUAAAGUAGAAGAGCAGGACACUGAGGAGUUAGAGGAGACCCAGGAAGAAAAGCGUCUUAAAGUGGAGUCUGAUGACAAGCCUGUUGCACAGGACGUGACUAUGGGGAAAACAAAGCCGGUGGCUGCACCUAAGACUCCGCCCCCUAAAUGUCCAGACUGCAGGCAGUAUCUGGACGAUUCAGACCUUAAGUUAUUCCAAGGAGAUCCCGAUAAUGCACUGGACGAGCCGGAAAUGUUAACAGACGAGCGACUUUCCCUCUUCGACUCAAACGAAGAUGGUUUUGAGAACUAUGAAGAACUACCCCAGCACAAGAUUACCAACUUCUGUGUCUAUGACAAGCGCGGCCACCUGUGUCCAUUUGACUCGGGGCUCAUUGAGAAGAAUGUAGAGCUGUACUUCAGCUGUGCAGUCAAGCCUAUCUAUGAUGACAACCCCUGCAUGGACGGUGGUGUCCCUGCCAAAAAGCUUGGUCCCAUCAACGCCUGGUGGAUCACUGGUUUUGAUGGCGGAGAGAAGGCCUUAAUUGGAUUCACUACAGCCUUUGCUGACUACAUCCUGAUGGACCCCAGUGAGGAGUAUGCCCCCAUCUUUGCUGUGAUGCAGGAGAAGAUCUACAUGAGCAAGAUGGUGGUGGAGUUUCUUCAGAAGAACCCCGAUGUUAGCUAUGAAGACCUCCUGAACAAGAUUGAGACCACAGUGCCUCCUGCUGGCCUGAACUUCAACCGCUUCACGGAGGACACGCUACUGCGCCACGCCCAGUUUGUAGUAGAGCAGGUGGAGAGCUACGAUGAGGCUGGGGAUUCUGACGAGCAGCCUAUCAUCGUUACCCCCUGCAUGAGGGAUCUGAUCAAGCUGGCCGGGGUCACCCUAGGGAAGAGGAGAGCUGCCAGAAGACAGGCCAUCCGCCACCCUACCAAGAUUGAGAAGGACAGCAAAGGCGGGCCCACAAGAGCCACCACCACCAAGCUGGUCUACCAGAUUUUUGACACUUUCUUCUCUGACCAGAUUGACCAGAAUGAGAAGGAUGGCGGUAUCAAACGCCAGCGCUGUGGCGUCUGUGAGGUUUGCCAGGCUCCUGACUGUGGCAACUGCACAGCCUGUAAGGACAUGAUCAAGUUUGGGGGUAGCGGCCGCAGCAAGCAGGCUUGCCAGAAAAGGAGAUGCCCCAAUCUGGCAGUGAAGGAGGCUGAGGAUGAUGAGACCAUAAUAGAAGAGGAAGAGUUAUUGCCUGUACUGAAGGCACCUCCAAAGAAGGUGUCCAAGGCCAAGACUAAGAAGCAGAGCAAUGGCAAGCUUACCUGGGUUGGAGAGUCUGUGAAGACUGUUGGGAAGAAGCAGUACUACAUGAAGGUGCGUGUGGACAAUGAGGUGCUGGAGGUGGGAGACUGUGUUUCUGUCAGCUCUGACGAGCCGACGGUUCCACUCUACCUGGCCAGGAUCACAUCCCUGUGGGAAGACAACCAUGGGAAGUGGUUCCAUGCCCACUGGUUCUGCCGUGGCACAGAGACUGUGCUGGGAGAGUCUUCAGACCCUUUAGAGUUGUUCCUGGUCGACGACUGUGAGGACAUGCAGCUGAGCUACGUAGAGGGCAAGGUCAAUGUCAUGUACAAGGCCCCCUCAAACAACUGGUUCAUGGAGGGUGGUAUGGUCGAUGACAUCAAGGUGAUAAACGAUGACAACGGGAAGAAUUUCUUCUACCAGCUGUGGUACGAAGGCGAUUGUGCCCGCUUCGAGACCCCCCCUACCUUCAAUCCCCCAGAGGACUGCCAGUACAAGUUCUGUGCCAGCUGUGUCAGGGCUGAGGAGAGGGAGGAGAUGGCAACGCCCCGGGUUUUGGAACCCAUAGAGGAUGAGGACCACGACUCCAAGGCCUUUUAUGCUCUGGCCUGCCUGAAGGGAGAACAGUUCAGGGUGGGAGAUGGUGUCUACCUGCCCCCUGACGCGUUCAACUUCAGUGUGAAGGCUGCCAGUCCAGUGAAGCGUUCCCACAGGAAGGACGAUGUGGAUGAGGAGUUGUACCCAGAGUACUACAGGAAGCACUCGGACUACAUCAAAGGGUCCAACCUGGAUGCCCCCGAGCCGUUCAGAGUUGGACGCAUCAAGGAGAUCUUCUGCUCCCGACGCAGCAAUGGAAAGGCGGAUAUGUCUGAAGUCAAACUCCGCCUGUACAAGUUCUACAGGCCUGAGAACACUCACAAGGGGGCCAAGGCAGGUUACCACACAGACAUCAACAUGCUGUAUUGGAGCGACGAGGAGGUCACGGUCAGCAUGUCCGAUGUGCUGGGCCGCUGCCGUGUGGAAUACGGCGAGGACCUAAAUGAGACCGUUCAGGAUUACUCCUCAGGUGGACCUGACCGAUUCUAUUUCCUAGAGGCUUACAAUGCCAAGUCCAAGAGCUUCGAGGAUCCUCCGAAUCACGCUCGCUCUGCGGUGAAGAAGGGCAAGGGCAAAGGCAAGGGGAAAGGUAAAGGCAAAGGCAAGUCUUGCGCUGCCCAGGAAACUCCAGACCAGGAGCCCCAGGUCCCCAAGGUCCCCAAGCUGCGUACCCUGGAUGUGUUCUCUGGCUGCGGGGGGCUGUCUGAGGGCUUCCACCAAGCUGGUAUUGCUGAGACUCUGUGGGCCAUCGAGAUGUGGGACCCAGCCGCACAGGCCUUCAGGCUGAACAACCCUGGCACCACAGUGUUCACAGAGGACUGCAAUGUCCUGCUGAAGCUGGUGAUGUCAGGGGAGAAGACCAACUCCCUGGGACAGAAACUGCCCCAGAAAGGAGAUGUGGAGAUGCUGUGCGGAGGUCCUCCCUGUCAAGGAUUCAGUGGCAUGAACCGCUUCAAUUCCAGAACCUACUCAAAGUUCAAAAACUCUCUGGUGGUCUCUUAUCUCAGUUACUGCGACUACUACCGACCCAAGUUCUUCUUGCUUGAGAACGUUAGGAACUUCGUCUCCUUCAAAAGUUCCAUGGUCCUGAAACUGACUCUUCGCUGUCUUGUCCGCAUGGGUUAUCAGUGUACCUUCGGAGUCCUUCAGGCAGGGCAGUACGGCGUGGCCCAAACACGACGCAGGGCCAUCGUGCUGGCGUCAGCCCCCGGGGAGAAGCUGCCUCGCUACCCAGAGCCCCUGCACGUGUUCGCUCCCCGGGCAUGCUCCCUCAGCGUGGUGGUGGAUGACAAGAAGUACUUUAGCAAUGUGACACGAGGUAACGGUGGAGUGUACCGGACAAUCACCGUAAGGGACACCAUGUCAGACCUGCCGGAGAUCCGCAACGGAGCGUCUGCCCUGGAGAUCUCCUACAACGGAGAGCCCCAGUCCUGGUUCCAGAGGCAGAUCAGGGGCACUCAGUACCAGCCCAUCCUCAAAGACCACAUUUGCAAGGACCUGAGUGCCUUGGUAGCAGCCCGCAUGAGGCACAUCCCCCUGGCUCCUGGGUCUGACUGGAGAGACCUACCCAAUAUCGAGGUCCGGCUGAAGGACGGGACCACCACCAAGAAACUCCGCUACACGCACCCAGACAAAAAGAAUGGCCGCAGCUCCUCCGGAGCACUCAGGGGUGUUUGCACUUGUUCAGGAGGGAAGCCCUGUGACCCUGCUGACAGGCAGUUUAACACUUUGAUCCCCUGGUGUCUGCCCCACACGGGGAACCGCCAUAAUCACUGGGCUGGCCUCUACGGGAGACUGGAGUGGGAUGGUUUCUUCAGCACGACCGUCACUAACCCUGAGCCCAUGGGCAAACAGGGUCGUGUCUUGCAUCCAGAGCAGCACAGAGUGGUCAGUGUGAGGGAGUGUGCACGCUCUCAGGGCUUUCCAGAUACAUACCGCUUCUUUGGGAACAUCCUGGACAAACACAGACAGGUUGGCAAUGCUGUUCCUCCGCCACUCUCCAAAGCCAUUGGCCUAGAGAUCAAGAGGUGUGUCCUGGAGAGGAUUAAGGAGGAGAAUGAGAAUGAGAAGGAGAAAGAGAAUGGAACGCAGGAUGAGGACAUCAAGCAGGAGAAGAUGGAGGUGUCAGACUUGUAACUUGACCUAUUCCCAAUCCCCUCCCAGUGGGAAUGAUCGAUUUUUCCCUGGAAGUCCUGGAUCCCUCAGGAGCUUCUGAGUUUUAAACUCUCACUGAGUUUUAAUGAGAGCCAUUGGCUUCAGACAAAUGGAUUCUCUAUGGACCGAAUGUGCAGUACCAUUCCGUGAUUAUGAUUUUUUUAUUGUGAUUUUAACCGUGUAUUUGCAAAUAUCUGCUCGGAGAGUGGAAAUAAAUUGUAUGUAGUUUUUAUAUGUUGUAAUAUUUCAAAUAAAGCUAUCAUCAAAUGGCAGUUCCUUCUCCUUGGAA